AUGAAAAAUGGUCUUAAUAAGUUACUCGCACAAUCUCUUUGUAAACGAGAUUUAUUUCCAAAUUGUGGUGAUGCACUAAAAUGGAAAAAUCGACGACCAAGGUUAACAAAAGAAAUAUUUCAUUAUUCACCUGAUUUAGGAUGUUUUCAAGAAAUGGAACAUACAAGUUUUACUGAUACGUUUAAACCCGAAUUUGAUAAGUUUGGUUAUGAUACACUUUUUUUUAAGAGCGACACUAAACGACAUGGUUGUUGCAUAGUUUGGAAAAAAUCCAAAUUUACUAAAUUAAAGGAGUUGACAUUGGAUUUUGAUAAAUUUGGAUUGCCUACUAUGAAAACAAACUGUAUCGGAAUUGUCGUUGUAUUGGGAUGCGUUGGGUUAGAAAAUAAAGGUGUUUCGAUUGGUACUACACAUCUUUAUUGGAGACCCGAGAGCAUGUAUGAACGUGCUAGACAAUGUAUGAUACUUUAUCAAAAUCUUUUAAAACUUAACGAAGAAUUUAAUUUUCCUGCGUUUUUAGCUGGUGAUUUUAAUUCAACCCCAAAAGAUCCAAUUUAUCAGUUAAUGGUAAAAAAUUCAUUGACCAAAAAACAAAUUUCAAUAUUAAAAAAUUCUAUAAGAGCUUUUGGAGAAGAAAUAGAUAGUAUUAGUGUUGGCAACGAUGGUAAUUUUCCUGAAAAGAAGGAAGAGAAAGAAGAACAAUUUACAUCGUCAACUGAUGAAAUUAUAAUUGAACAAUCGAUUAAUUCUCUUACGAAUACUCAAUCAUCUCAACCAUCAUCUCUUACUUUUACGUUAGAACCUUCCCAAUUAGAUUCAUUACUUUCAAAUUUUGAGAAUUUACCAAAAUGUUUGUCACUCUAUGGACAAAAUUAUCAUUUAAUUGAUUCAGAAAAUAUUGAAUAUUCUGAACCAAAAAUCACUCAUUACGGAUUAAAUUUUAAAGGGACUUUGGACUAUAUAUUUUAUAUCCUUGACCAUGAAAAGGAAAAUAUUAACGAGAAAAAUGAAAGUAAAGACGACGAGAGUAAAUUUAAAGUAUUUAAAUUAUUAAAAUUACCAAGAAGAGAAGAAUUUGAAUCUACUUCUUUACCCAAUUAUAAAUUUAAUUCCGACCAUGUUUGUUUAAUGGUUGAAGUUGUUGUGCUUUGA